AUGCCGCUCAAACGAGGCAGGCGACCCGACUUCUUUCGACACCUCUACGACGAGACGCCCAUAAAGCAGCCUGAGCUUCCUUGGCCCACGGAUUUCGAUUCCGAGUCCGGCAUGUUGAUCGACGUGUGGGAUGACGAUAAAAAGAAAUUUGUUCGUCGGCUCCAAGUGGUCGGCGAGUACCCACACCCACCGCCCCGCGAGGGGACAAUAUUAUCGUUGCCCGAAUUUCUGAAAAAGACACUCGUCGUCUUGGAAUUGGGAGAGGAACACGAGCGAGUCCACCCUGAGCCUAUGUGUGUGGUAGACACUCUCAGGUGGACUCCGAGCGAGUUCAUUAAUCGGCUCCGGAAUCAAUAUUCUCUUGGGUCCAGCGCCAUGACAAUCACCGUCGACAAUACCCAACCUGUGUUACUUGAUGCCAUCCGCGAACUCCCAGAUAUCCGCCCCCAGUCGCAUUCUAUGAGGAAGAAGCCAUGCGAACCCCCCAAGUGGCACCCAGAAGUGACACUCGAGUUGGCUACCACGGAUUUCCUCGACACAGGAGAAUUGCCAGAAUCACCCUGGGCACGAUACGUAGUCGGGAAAUUCAAACGUCGCUGCAAGAAGAUGCGCGUCGCGGCCGACGCCCGGCCGCGGGCGGAGAACCCCGAGGAUGAUUGGGACCACUUCUUCGAUGACCUCGAAUGGCUCCUACCGGCCGAUACUAAAACCCAGACGAGAGGACAUUCUUUCUUCGAGGCCUUCAAUAAGGGAGGGGAAAGCGUCGGCAUGCUCUGGUUUCAACUUUCAAAAGACAAAUCAUGGUCCCAGUGUCACUACAUAGAAGUCAAGGCCGAACACCGACGGAAGGGCUAUGGUGCGAAGAUUGUGUCAUUCUGGCAGAAGAUGGCUCUGAUGCAGGGUGUCGACGUCAUGUUGGUUGACAUCAUCGGUGGCAACGCAGGGGCAGAAGGACUUUUCGCAGGUAUGGGAUUCACCACUGUCGAAAAGACGGUCGGCAUAAGACCUCCUCAAGAACCGAAUGUCGGAGAGUGA